GGCGGCGUGGCACAACAACCGUGGCAACUUACGCGUUCGCAGCUCUCUAGAUUUCCGUUGCCGGCCAAGUUCAAAAGUUUCACGGACAUGACUGGGUCAAACUUUAAAUUCGCGUUUCUGGUCGCUUUCUUUGCGGGGGCGGCUUUCUGCGACGACGGCCUGAAGAUCGACGUUAUCAGCAAACCGGAGGUUUGCGACGUCAAGUCGAAAAAUGGUGAUAUGUUGACGAUGCACUACACGGGGACGUUGACCGAUGGUACCAAAUUCGAUAGCAGUUUCGACAGAGACCAACCCUUCUCCUUCAAGCUCGGUGUAGGACAAGUGAUCAAAGGCUGGGACCAAGGUCUCCUGGACAUGUGCGUUGGGGAGAAGAGAAAACUGACCAUCCCUCCAAGUCUUGGCUACGGCGACAGGGGAGCUGGUAACGUCAUCCCAGCAGGAGCCACGCUCAUGUUCGAGGUAGAACUCAUCAACAUCGGGGACGCACCUCCACCAACCAACGUUUUCAAGGAAAUCGACUCAAACAACGACAAACAGCUCAGUCGCGAAGAGGUCAGCGAACAUUUGAAGAAACAACUGAUAGCUGUAGAAGGAGAGACGGAUGAAGUAAAGCAAAUGUUGAAAGAACACGACAAACUAGUAGAAGAAAUUUUUCACCACGAGGAUAAAGACAAGAAUGGAUUCAUUUCCUUCACAGAAUUUUCAGGACCCAAACACGACGAACUUUAAGUUCAGAAGAAGUUGUUUCUUUCAAUAUUGAUUCAAUUUUUAAACCGUCAAUUAAAUUUUAAGCUUUGUUGAUUUUAUAUUUUUAUUUAGUUGUAAGUUUUAAAUGUCAGGGAUUUAAGAGUUAAUUGAAAACUGAUAAAAUUCCAACGAUUCUUGAAAAUUAUCAAAUUGAAUUAAUUCAAAGUUAUCUUCUUUUCCUCAUUAGUGGCAAAUGCGUUAUCUUCAGAAAUUAAGUGCAAAUAGGUACUUUCAUCAAUAUUUUCGGCAGUUUCACGUUUAUAAAACUAUGACUGAAUAUUUAAUAGUACUUAGUUGAUAUUGAAAUGAAAAAUGUAUUUCAGUAUUUUAUCGUAUGUCUGGAAGCUGCUACUGUUUUUAUUGUUACAAGUUUUAUAAGGUAUAUUUGUAAUAUAGGCACUGAAUAAAUUUUUGUACGGUUGAA